AUGCAUCCAAGCUAUGGCCUUCAAUGCAUAGCUCCCUUCCCAAUCCCUUCAUUUAGCCGUCCACUGAGAGUCCUGUAUUUACGCAUCAGUUUAUCAGCUCCCGCCUCCAAUGUACAGCUACCCAUCCUAUCUCCCCAAAUCAUCGAUGAACGAGACCGUGGGAGCUACAACAACUGUGCAAUAAGUGCGCAGCUCUUGCAGCUAAUAAUAGUAAUUGAUUCACUACUCGUAUCGGAGCCUUUGGCAUUGAAAAUUAAACCUUUCGUGACUUCGAAAAUACGCAAUUGCUUUUCCCUGCCCAAGCGAUGCAAAGUUCCUAUCGUUCUGAUGGAGUUCCACUCACUCCAGUUUUUUGUGUCUGCCCUCAGCACUACGAUGGCCACGUUACAUUCCAAUUUCAAGCGGUCCUAUGGAUACAAUUAUGAACUCAAUCAAGAUUUUUUCUUUCAAUUUUUCGAUGGAUUGGCUAAAUACAUGCUAGGUCAGAAGCAGAAUUUGUCCCUCAUGAUCGAUAUGUUCUUUCGAGAACUUCUGAUUCGCAUUGUUCGCCUUAUGUUACUUGCGAAGUCAGAAAGCGAUCUCCGCACAGCUGAUUGCGUUGCUGAGGGACUGGAAAAACAAAACCCGUUCGAUCAAACACCAGAAAUAAUCAAAGCCCUAAUGGGUCGAGCAUUCCCACCGGCACGAAUUGCCGCCAAUGCCCUUCUACUUGGAAAUGAAAUGAUAGGGAGUAUAAUGAAUCAUACAAGCCUACGAGUCGCCUGUGUCAGACACUGGCUGGAGUUACGUUACUGCAGUCUUUGCUCGGCGACAGUUAAUGCUUACAUUUGCCCUCACAGCUGUCGCCUGGCUUUCGAUAGCUGCCUAUCAAAUGUCCGGCCACUAGCCCUAAAGUGGGCAAGUUUUAUUGAUCGACUCUUGCCUGUCCUCGGAGCGCUGCAAGGCCCUACCAGUUUUCCUCAGGUUAACCGACCAAUCCAGAUGCACAUAACCGACGCUAUCAUGAAUUUGCAGAGGGUAUUUUCCCGCAUGGAUCAAAUGUUACUGACUAAUUGCAGUCACUACGGUAUUGCGCUGUCCAACAGGCUCCGACGUUCAACUCCCUUUCGAUAUCCUACGUCACAAGCACCCCCUCGUACGGACUUUGGUCAGCCACUCCACCAAAUUGAAGCACUCGGGGACUGGUCGAGAAAAGCAGUUGAAAAAUAUUCAAAGUUCCGAAACUUGCUUACGGAUCUCCCCGCCCGGUUCUGCACUGACGAUUUUCUGCGAACAAGGCGGCCAUUUCGAGCUUCAACUCAACCCUGUUGGAACGGAGAACACCUGGUCGAUGGCUCCUCAUUUCGAAUUGAAACUGAGCCUGAGCUACUGCCCUCCAUUUCAUCAACUGGCCAGGAUGCCUCUACAGACACCCUGUACCACGAGUUACAGCGUAUGAGUGAGAAGCUUGACGCGAUUACUCGGUAUCAUGCUGAUCCAGAUUACCUCCCUGUAGACAAUUCAUACGUUUCACGGUACUCCGAUACCGUUGCUUCAUGGCGCGACACCCCGGAAUUCGCUACCACGUUGGAACGCGGAAAACUUGCCGUAUCUUCGAAUGUUGUCCCUGAAUUCCUGGGUUCGGAAGGCGAAAGGAGAGGUAUGCUGAACAUGACUGCGCCAUUUGAACUCAGCAGGCCGAGUGACGGUUCUGUCGGCGAUCGUCAGAAUCCGAUUCCCGUUCAUGAGGGCGGAAGUGGUUCGCUACCUAGCAUUCAUCAAAAUAACAUCUGGACAUUAGGACGAGAACCCGAAAAUGACGGGUACUUAUUGCUAUCUCAACAUGCUAGCGACUCCGUGGUUCGGGAUCCAGUGUCUCCAAGUGAACGUCAUUCCGAUUUCGCUUCUCCUUUGGGCAGCCGCUUGGAUGACGAGGAUACUGUGAUGCAAUCUUACAAUGAGAGUCCUGUCUAUCUUAGGUACGCAGACGACACCGUCCCCACCUUUGAAGACGAAGGUGAAGCACAGGCCCUGUUGAAUAAACUAACCAUCAUCAUACCUUUUUCGGCAUGCGCCUUGCACCUUCACAGUGCAGAAUCCUUUUUCAGAACACUCGCAUACCUUGGCAGUCGUAUUAGCUCUGGCAGAAGUGUGUCUCAUGAGGUCAGUGCACGAAUCUCAAAGGCUGGCGCCAUAUUUGCGUCACUUGUGGCAUCGAAAGCGUACAAUCACUGGUUCUCAAGGUUCGCGUGCACCAGGCUACAACAAGGGUUGUAUUGUAUGUAUUGUACGGCCGCGAGACAUGGCCACUACAGACAGAUGAUCUGGGGCUUCUCUAGGCUUUUGACCACCGAUGCCUCAGAGGCGUUAUGGGUUCCGGGUGGCGUCAACGGAUUCUCAAGGAGCGAAUUUGGAAACACAUCGUUUGUCGAGACAGGUGUUGUUCCCCAUAUCUCCUUCAAAAUGGUGCAAACUAAACAAACGCCAUUCGACUUAGUGACAGAGGUUCGUGAAAACCAGUCUAAUUCUUCACGGGGGCUCCCCGGUCACCGCUCAGCCGUCGUAUCCAGCACGCAGAUUCGUAAGAUUCAUGCUCAUCAGCACCAUGACCCUCCUGAUCAGAUAUGGAUACCAGCGAAAGCAGUGCAAACUUUGGAUAUGCAUAGCGGGGUACCUCACUCGAGACAUUUCUUCAACAGCAAUUGGUACUUUUUCUUCAGCAUUUUGCUAUUCUCUUUAUGA